GGGGCGCAGAGGACCGGCCGCCCCCGGCCGUGGGCGACUCCGGAGCAGGUGCCUCCCCACCUGGCGCUCGGGGCGCUGGCAGCGCGGGCGGGCUUGGGGGCGCCCCCCUCGGGAGGAGCCGCCCGCCUCGGCAGGAGCGGGACUGUGGGACCGGCUGGGGCCCGCCGCCCCCGGGAAGGGCCUCGGGCGCGCUGCAGGCUUUCCGCCGCGCCGCCCGGCCUCUCGCUCGCGUCCCCCCUCGGCUCUCCUCCCCGCCUCGCCUCAGGGCUCCCUGGAACAGCUGGAAGUUGCUCCAGUCAUGGCAGAACUCAAGGUGGAGCCCCGGGCCAGCGUGGACUGGCAGAAGCGCUGCCUGGCCCUGGAAACCCAGCUCUUCCGGUUCCGCCUGCAGGCCAGUAAGAUCCGGGAGUUGCUGGCGGACAAGAUGCAGGAGCUGGAGCAGAGGCUGCUGGAGGCAGAGCAGAGAGCAGAGAACGCAGAGACCCAGGUGGGUGUGAUGGAGGAGAAGGUGAAACUGUCCAAUCUGAAGAAUGUGGACUCAGGAGGCAGCCUGCACCAGAAGUACCAAGAAUUGCUGAAAGCCAUGCAGAGCAAAGAUGAGCUCAUCAGCCAGCUGGAAGCACAGCUGGAGAAGCAGAAGCAGAUGAGAGCUGAAGAAGCAAAAGUUGUCCAAGAGAAAGCUGCAAAGAUCAAAGAAUGGGUGACCCUGAAGUUAGCAGAGCUUGAAAUGGAGAAUCAGCACCUGAAGAGCAGUAAUCAGCACCUGGCUGAGCAGGUGGGAGUCCUCCAAGAUGCUCUAGAAGCUCUUCAGAUGGCACCUUCAGGGAAGCUGCUGGUGGCCACCCAGGAAAUACCAGAGCAGGAUUCUGGUCCUUCAGGUCUAGGAACCCAGCCGAUAGGGCAGGACAGUGGUCCUCAGGCCCAGGGUGCCCUGAAGGCAACUAUGCCUGCACCUUCCCCAGAUGCCCUGCAGAGCAAGGACUCUGUUCCUCCAGGAAUUUCCCUGGAGGAUUCUAGUCCCAUCGUGGUCCAUCCUGGGGAAAUAUCAGACUCCAAGGCCCUUCCCUUGCAUCUGGGAGAGGGCUCUCCCCGCCAGCUGUGCAUGAAGCCUCGCACCCACAGACAUGGUUCGGCCUCCUGGGGUGAGGGCCUGGUCAUUGCUCAGGGAGGGACACUCCCUGGGACAAAGAACUCUGCCAGGGAAGGCAGCCCGGGCUGCAGCCUGACCCUACCAAAGGUGCGGGUCCCCAGCACCCCGCGGGACAGCAUCCAGCUGGCCAAGCGGCACCACAGCCAGCCCCAGGUGGGCCCUGGGCACUUCAACCAUGUGGUGAGCAUUGAGAUUGGGACCCUCUCAGCCCUCCACCCCUCCAGCCUUCCUGAGGUGGAGGCCCGAGCUGAGCUCCGGGAGGAACCAGAGAACGUGGAGAUGGAGGAGCAACCCCCAAUGGCGAAGGAAAAGGAAAGAGAAAGCCCGAAGGCCCCCAGAGCUGAGCUGGAGGAAGUGGAUUUGGGCAGCAAACCCCCCACACCCCCCCUGCACCGGUUUCCAUCCUGGGAGAGCCGGAUCUAUGCUGUGGCCAUGGCUGGCAUGCGGCUCUCGGAUGCAUCUUCCAGAACUAAUGUCACCUGCUGUGCUUCAAGCCCUCCUGCCCUUGCGUCCCCUGGGCCUUUCUCUGGCCUUGUCUACAAGAAUGUCACCGUGCCUGUCUACACAGCCCUGAAGGGGAGAGCCACGCAGAUCAGCAGCGUGCCUUUUAUGGAUGAGUCCUCCGGGUCUGACGAUGACUGCAGCUCUCAGGCGAGUUUCCGAUCUUCAGUCCCCUGCUCAGAGUCCAGGAAGACCAGUGGACUGGGCAGCCCCAGGGCCAUCAAGAGAGGUGUCUCCAUGUCCUCGCUGAGCUCCGAGGGUGACUACGCCAUCCCCCCAGAUGCCUGCUCACUGGACAGCGACUACUCGGAGCCGGAGCACAAACUCCAGCGCACCUCUUCCUACUCCAUUGAGGGGCCAGGCCUGGGUGGGGAGUCACUGGAGAAGUCAGGCUACCUGCUAAAAAUGGGGAGCCGGGUGAAGACAUGGAAGAGGCGCUGGUUUGUCCUGAGACAGGGACAGAUUAUGUACUACAAGUCUCCGAGUGAUGUCAUCCGGAAACCUCAGGGAGUAGUGGAACUGAAUUCCCAUUGCCAGAUUGUUCGUGGGGAGGGUGCACAGACAUUCCAGCUUAUCUCUGAGAAGAAAACCUAUUACCUGACAGCAGAUUCACCUGGCCUGCUGGAGGAGUGGAUCCGGGUGCUGCAGAGCCUGCUGAAGGUCCAGGCCGUGGGGCCUCCAGCCCUGCCUCGGGGCAGCACCAAGCCCACUGUGAAGGGCUGGCUGACCAAGGUAAAACAUGGCCAUUCCAAGCUGGUCUGGUGUGCUCUUGUUGGGAAAACCUUCUACUACUAUCGAAGUCAUGAGGACAAGCGACCCCUGGGCCAUCUGCCUGUGCGGGACGCGCGCAUAGAGGAAGUAGAUCGAUCCUGUGACUCGGACGAGGACUAUGAGGCUGGAGGGAGCAGGCGGUUGCUGUCCUCCCACUGCACCCUGGUGAUCCACCCCCCAGAGCAUAGCCCCACCUACCUCCUCAUUGGCACUAAGCAUGAAAAGGACACGUGGCUUUACCACCUCACAGUGGCUGCAGGCGGCAGCAGUGCCAGGGUUGGCACUGCCUAUGAGCAGCUCAUUGGAAAACUGAUGGAUGGGGAGGGAGACCCAGAUUCCCCUCUCUGGAGACACCCCAUGCUGUGUUACAGCAAAGAUGGGCUGUACACCUCCCUCACCACCCUGCCCUCAGAGGCUCUGCAGACCGAGGCUCUCAAGCUCUUCAAGUCCUGCCAGCUCUUCAUCAACGUGCCUGUGGAGGCUGCCUCCGUGGACUACCACGUGUCUCUGGCCCAGACAGCCCUGCAGGUCUGCCUUGUUCACCCCGAGCUGCAGAGCGAGAUCUACUGCCAACUCAUGAAGCAGACCAGCUGCCGCCCACCUCAGAAAUACUCGCUCGUACAGUGCUGGCAGCUCCUGGCUCUGUGCACCCCACUUUUCCUGCCCCAGCACCACUUCCUCUGGUACGUGAAACAGCAGUUCCAGCGUCAUGCAGAUCCCAGAAAUGAAACCGGCCAGUAUGCCACCUACUGCCAGCGGGCAGUGGAGCGGACCCUGCAGGCUGGGGAGCGGGAGGCCAGGCCAUCACGCAUGGAAGUGGUGUCCAUCUUGCUACGCAACCCCUUCCACCACUCCUUGCCCUUCAGCAUCCCUGUGCACUUCACCAAUGGGACUUACCAGGUGGUCGGUUUUGAUGGCUCCUCCACAGUUGAUGAGUUCCUCCAGCGUCUGAACCAAGAGACAGGCAUGAGAAAGUCCUCCCACUCUGGCUUUGCCCUCUUCACAGACGAUCCUUCCGGCAGGGACCUGGAACACUGCCUGCCAGGGGGUGUCAAGAUCUGUGAUGCCAUCUCCAAGUGGGAACAAGCCCUGAAGGAGCUGCACUCUGGCAAGGCUGAGGGUGGCACGCGUGUUGUGAAGCUGAUGUACAAGAACAGGCUGUACUUUCGGAGUCAAGUCAAAGGGGAGACGGAGCGGGAGCGGCUGCUGCUCGCCUCCCAGACUAGUGGGGAGAUAGUGGCAGGGAGGUUUCCUGUCAACAAGGAGCUGGCUCUUGAGAUGGCUGCCCUGAUGGCUCAGGUAGAAUAUGGGGACUUAGAGAGGCCCAGCCCACAAGGCCCUGGGAGCCCACUCCCUGCCAAGGUUCAGCAUCACCUCCAGCACGUCUUAGACAGGUUCUACCCAAGGCGCUACAGACACGGGGCACCCUCUGAACAGUUGAGGCACCUGGCAGAUCUGCUGACCACAAAGUGGGCAGCACUGCAAGGCUGUUCCCCUCCCGAGUGCAUCCGCAUCUACCUGACAGUGGCCCGGAAAUGGCCUUUCUUUGGUGCUAAGCUCUUUGCUGCUCGGCCUGCACAGCUGUCUUCCAAAGAGAGCACUCUGGUGUGGAUUGCUGUGAAUGAGGAUGGUGUCAGCAUCCUGGACCACAAUACUAUGCAAGUGCACGUCACGUACCCCUACUCUUCAGUAAUGACCUUCGGUGGCUCCCGGGAUGACUUCAUGCUUGUAAUUAGAUCCAUUCCAGACCAGGGCUCUGGGAAAGGUCACAUUGAGAAGUUGCUCUUCCAGAUGGCUGCUCCCAAGAUUGCAGAGGCUACCUUCAUCAUGGCCAGCUACAUGAACCAUUGCUCCACAACUGUGAACACCCCCCCUAACCCACCUGCCGCCCACCAGCUAUGGGAACUGGACGGACAGCAGUUCUUUGCUUCUGUCCCAUGUGCUGCCAGAGGGCCAACGCUGCUGUGAAAACUUCUACCCCUUUCCCUGCCAACCACCUGGUACCUCUGGGGUUAGUGAUCUGUAUCCUGGGGUAUGAUACUACUGUGAUGGGCCUGACAGCCCUCCCCCAACCCAACCCUGUUUGUUCUAUGAAAUGUGUAUUUCAGUGUCCAUGAAGCCUUUACUCUCUAGGUGCCUUAUGUUUCAGGGCCCAACUUUCAAAAAUCCAGACCUGGUAUAGAAACCACUUUUUUUUUCACAAGAAUGCUGAGCUCUGGAUGCUGCCCAAUUCUAGACACAGACUGGGAAGGUCCACUGUUACUGGUUACUGAGGGCAUCAGUGCUGUAAGUCAAGGCUUUCUGCACUGAUACUCUUGGAAAGGCUGGUAUCUUUUAUACUGUAUAUGGUCCUUACGUGGGGAUUUAUACUUGAAGUUUUCCCAAAAUCCCUGAACAAGAUAGGACUAAAAUUUCCAAUUCAUCUGAACUGUGACAAAAGCCUAGAACUCACUAAAACUGGACUUCCAUUCCCAGGUGGGAAAGGUAUCGGUAGGGCUGGAGAAAAAGGAAGAGAUUCAUGUUUUCCUUCCCCACUGCAAAUGAGUAGGCAUUUGCAGUCCCUCUCUGGAGCAGCAGCUCCUAUCUUUGCAGGACAAGGAAAAGGCACUAUUCCUGCUGAGACUGAAGCUGUUCUCCCUCACACUGGACUGUCAGCCCAACUGGGUACAAGCAAGGGCAG